AUGGGUGAUUUUAACGUAGACCUACUCGUACCGUCCGCGCGUAAGCGUGAAUUACUUGGACUUAUAUCUGAGUUCAACCUGAGUUCCCGGGUGCGGUUCCCGACGCGCGUGCAGGGCGGCUCCAGUACGUGCCUGGACCACGCCUACACUGACCUGGACGCCGCCAGGACCGACGCCUCCGCAGCACACUCGGACCUCUCGGACCAUAAAGAAAAUAUUUUAAAUACGUUUAACAUCUUGCAGAUGUUGCAAAUGUAUAAGGACCACUAUACUACAAAUCAUGAUAUUAAAGAACUUUACAUGGAGUAUAAGUCUAAAUUUAAUAAAGAGAAAUGUGUAUUAGGGCCGUCGGGCUCGGCGCGCUCACUGGCGUGCCGCCUCAACGAGUACUACAUAUCGGUGGUGCGCGACACGGCGCUGCGGCCGCGCCUGCCCGCCGCGCUGGCCCUGCUGCGCGCGCGCCGCCCCCCGGAGCCCUCCUCCAUGUUCCUCGUGCCCUACACGGUGGACGAAAUUCAGGCAACUAUAAAACGAAUUAAGAAAAAACCAACCAAAGAUGCUUACGGAUUUCCGUGUGACUUACUUUGCAGAUUGCCCGAUAUAAUAUUAGAAUGUCUUUGCAGACUUUUUAAUGAGAGCGCAACCGAUGGCAUAUACCCUUCGGCUCUCAAAUUAAUAAGAGUCGUCCCAGUCUGGAAGGGCAAGGGUAGCAAAACUGAGAUGGGGCGGUACAGACCGAUCGCACUCGUACCGGCCAUCUCUAAAAUAUUUGAGACAGGCCUCUGCAGCAGGCUAAUGGGCUUCCUGAACCGGAACAAGGCGCUCUGCUCGGAGCAGUACGCGUACUGCCCGGGGCGCUCCACCGUGUGCUGCGCGCGCCGCCUGCAGCGCGAGCUGCUCGCGCGCCUGGAGCGCCGCCCGCGCCGCCGCGUCGCCGCCGUGUUCGCCGACCUCUCGCGCGCGUUCGACCUGGUCGAUCACUCCCUCAUUAUCGCGAAACUGGAACACUAUGGCGUCCGUGGACAGGUACUGGACGUAUUUAAAUCCUUCUUAGCCAAUAGAACACAGGUGACGGAGGUGGACGGUGAAUCAUCCGAGCCGCUAUCGGUUGGUGACAGGUCGGUCCCGCAGGGCUCCAACGUAGGUAACACCCUCUUUGUCAUCCUGAUGAACGAUCUGCCAGGAAUCUCGGAACGCGCCACAUUUCUGAUGUACGCCGACGAUAUCUGUGCGAUUGUAGAUGGUAAGGAUGACCUGGAGCUGACCACGAACCUGGAAUCAGUCAUUGACAGUCUCACUGGAUGGUUUUCGGCAAAUGGGAUGCAGUUGAAUUUGGAAAAAACCCAAGUACUGCGAUUCUCCCUGCGUGGGCAGUCGUGCGGCGACGCGGCCGCGCCCGCGCUCGUGGUGGGCGGGGUGCCGCUGCCGGCCGCCGCCGCCGUGCGCUUCGUGGGCUUCACCGUCGACUCUGCGCUCCAGUGGGGCCAGCAUAUAGAUGCCCUGUGCUCCAAACUCGACUGCAACAAACCAUUUAUACUGCAGAAGCGAGCAGUCCGCCGCGUGGCCGGGGCCCCCGCCGACGCGCCGGCGCGACCACUGUUCAUCGGCAUGCGCAUCCUGACAGUGCCGUGCCUUUACAUUUUAGAAGUCCUAAAAUAUGUAAAGCGCAACCCCAAUGAGUUCCCAGACUUCACUUCAGGGGAUCGCAGAUUCGCCUCACGAAGACCUAACGACCUAAGGUCUACUGAAUGCCGCUUAUCUAAAACUGGAAAGUCAUUGCAUGUAAUGGGUCCCCAGAUUUUUAACAAACUUCCUGAAAAUAUAAAGGAAAUCAGGAGAGUUACUAGCUUCCUCAUUAGCGUGAAGAAUCACCUAUUAAAAAACGCGUACUACUCUGUGCAAGAAUUCUUAGACUCAUAA